AUGAAGAACUCCAGAGAUUACUGUACUGGUAAGUGCUCCAUAGAUCAAAAUAAGGAAAUUAUUUUACAAUAAGCUAUUAUUUUGGUUCAAAUGUUAUUUCUGUAAUCAUGACAUUCAUUUACAUCUUAUGGCAGGCAGCCUUACUCAAUGAGACGCCCUUCACGCUUUAAUUUGAAUAAACGGGUUUGGAUUUCUUUGAGCAAAAAUAAGCAUGAAAUUCAAAUAGCUUUUUUACACAAAAAAAAUGGCCAAACCCUCCAUUUCCCCAUUGGAGUAGAACUAAUUGGUAAGGCAUACGGCUAUUGUUAUUUUGCAGAGAGCAGGGAUUGGUUCUAAAGGAUAGAAAGUGUGCACGUGUGAGAGAAAGCGCAAGAGCUGACCUUUUCAAUCAGAUGCAGUUCUAUCAACAUAAGCAGUCUUGUUAAACCUUGUUACACUUCACAUAGUCUCUCCAUUGACAGCCCACAGAAUGGCUUCUCUCCUAACCUUAUAAAGCUGCACAAUAGCCUGUCGAAAAUGUAAGCUCUGCAUUAUCAAUCUGUAGAGCUCAACAGAUUUAUAAUGCAGAGAUUAAUUUUUUGACAGGCUAUUGUGCAGCUUUACCGUAGGAGUUGGCUAUACAGCACAAACAGAUCUGGGACCAGGCUACUACUCUGCUGAGACUCAGAACGAAGAAUGCGGAUUGCUUCCCACUCCAGGGCUGUGUCCCAAAUGGCACCCUAUUCCCUAUAUAGUACACUACUUUUGACCAGGGCCCAUAGGGCUAUGGUAAAAAGUAGUGCACUAUGUAGGGAAUAGGGUGCCUCAACUAACCUAUAACCCCGCACAUUGACUCAGUACCAGUACCCCCUGUAUAUAGCCUCAUUAUUGUUAUUUUGUUGUGUUACUUUAUUUUAUUUUUUUACUUUAGUUGAUUUAGUAAAUAUUUUCUAUUUUCUUAAAACUGCAUUGUUGGUUAAGGGCUUUUAAGUAAGCAUUUCACGGUACACCUGUUGUAUUCAGAGCAUGUGACAAAUAAAAUUAGAAGGGAACUAACAGUAAAUUGGCAGUUGAAUAUGUGUUGUUAUUAGGCCUACUGACUAUCAAUACUGAUAGUGGCUAAUAUUUAUAUGAUAGAAAUAGGAAACAGAGAAAGUCAGGGUAGCCUAUAAUUAAGACAUUUCAGAGCGCCCAUCCCUGCAAGUUAAAAGGCCAUUUCAUCAACUUUACUGCUUUAGUUUGCUGCCAUGUGACUGGUUUCACAUUUGUCUCCAGCGAUUAUAAGGUAAAAUAAAAUAUAAAUAAACAAGUGUCAUUUAUAUUUACAAUUCCCUGAUCCAAACGGAUUACUCAUUUACCUAGCUCUUAUCAAUAGCUCUUAUCAAGUUAUAAAUUACAGUGCAUGGAGAAUGGUGUUAUUUCUAUUGAAAAUAAACACAGUAGAUGCUUUUUCCACAUGGAACCGGUAAGUUCGCUAGACCUUAAUCAGGGUUUCCUCACGCGUAGGUGGUGGAAUUAUGGUCAGAAUACGGUGUAUCUGUAGACACACCUCCGCCACAGCUUCAUUUAUUCCAUCUCCACCCCAAACAAAUAGCAGGUGAAUAGCAUGCUAUUCUCAUGCUUAAAUUCAAGGUCAGAAUACGUGUAGAGAGAAUAGUGCAUAAAAUGGGAACUAUAUCAGCCCUAUUUCCUCUUUCCUCUAAACACGCGCACACGCAAGCACACGCACACUCGUGCAAUCACGCAUGUGUGCACACGCACACACACACACACACACAACCCGAGAGGCUGUCUUUUUCGCUGUCUGUGGCACAUACACAGUUCCUCACAAACGGCUUGUCACUUUGGUUCUUGAAUCUUCUUUUCUAUGGUUGUCCUCAAAGAUUAAGGAGACCUCUUUCUGAACCUUAGUGGAUAUUUGAUGCAUUGUUAUUGUUGUAUUAGAAAUAGGAGAAGAUUUUAGCGAUCAACAAGCUUUGAUGACUUGACUUACUGUAUGUACAGUAUUUCAGGUACUUCCAUUAUGUAGAGUUACACAUUUCAACACAUUGAUGUUGUAAUACUGGAUCAAUUCCUGAAGUCUCCCAUCUGUUAACUUGUGUCCUUAAAUGCAAAUUAUCCUUCUCUGUGAAGCUAACUUUCUCGGAUUCUUCCAUAGCCGCAGGAAGUUGUUUGGGGGUGGGGGUUGCUGUAAAAAAUUUUGCUUUAUUUUUCACGGGCUGCUAUAGCACCCUCAGCAGCCCUACUUCCUGUGGCUAUGGACUCUUCUCUAAAUGUUCUAAACAUCCGCCCUUCCUUGUCUUUCCUUGUCUUGUCUUUAUUUUUCCAGCCCUGCUUUACGCCACCAUCUUCGGUAACGUCACCACCAUCUUCCAGCAGAUGUACGCCAACACCAACCGCUACCAUGAGAUGCUGAACAGCGUCCGUGACUUCCUCAAGCUCUACCAGGUGCCCAAGGGGCUGAGCGAGAGGGUCAUGGAUUACAUCGCCUCCACCUGGUCCAUGUCCCGGGGCAUAGAUACUGAAAAGGUAUCUCAAACUGUAAGCCAGACAUUCAUUACCUUGACAUUCAUUACCCCCCCCCCCCCCCCCCCCCCCCCCGUGUUGGUUGGUUUUCCUGCAUGGUAGCUUCCGCAGCUAGCUGGCCCCUUUGUAUUGUGGUUGUGGUGGUGAUUGUGACUCUGUGUUUUGUUGUGCUGGACCAGUCCACUUGGGGUGGGGUGUAGGGGAGGGGAUGGUGUUGAGUUAAUGGAUAAUGCUCUGUAAUACUGCUAUAUUAACAGAUUAUCAUAAUUAGUCAUGACAGCUGGUGUUAGUUUAUGACAACUGACUUUACCAUGUUUUGACACAAACUUUGUCUGAUUAGCAAACUGCUUCAGCUAAUUAAUGGUGCAAUAUGAGAUAAUCAGAUUAGAUCAUUUGAUGUGACAUGGUUUGAAACCAAUUUUAAGCAUAGCCUACAGAAAAAAACAGUGACAAAAUGAAAUGUAAGAAAUGUGUCCAAUAAGUAAAGCAUUUAGUAAAUCCGUACUGUAUUUACUAAAUGCUUUACUUAUUGGACACAUUUCUUACAGUUGGCCUUUUGGGGCUGCCUCAACACUGAUAGCUGGGGUGAGUAGGUGUAGUUUGGUCCCGAUUUUGGCCCAUUCCAAUGCUGUAUGCUUUGGGAUUGCCUCAGUGUCAGCAGAAAGCAACACUAUGUAAGCUUCCAGGCACAUUUCUCCCACAGAGCAGAGAGAAUUGAUGAGGGAAGGAGGGUAAAAUCCUUUAAGGAUUCUCUGCUAUCGCACACUGACUCACCUCAGCCUCUCAGGAGUUUAACUCUGGCUGUUGCUGUGACAACAACAGCAUCCCAGCCAGGCCUGUAGAGAGGAGGCUGGUUUGAUUGGCAGUUUUUGGGGAUUCUUUGUAUGAUCUGCUCACAUACUCAACUAACCGUAACCAAUACCACUAACCUUAAGACACAGUUGGGGUUACUCUAUUCACUUAUAAUUCCUGUUUAUUUAAGACCGAAAAAGCUGAUUUACAGAACAGGAUUAAAACAUUGAUUUACUGUUGUAUUUUCUAAGUGCUCCUCUAACUUGUACUUUUACCCAAUGAGCACCAUAACUGUAUGAUGAUGAUGAUGAUGGUGGUAUUUAUGUUGUUGAUGUUGUUAUUAUUAUAAAGAUUAACAAUCUUGAUGAUGAUGAUGAUGGUGGUAUUUAUGUUGUUGAUGUUGUUAUUAUUAUAAAGAUUAACAAUCUGUUUUUGGUUGGUUGCCAUGAUGCGACACCCUUAGAAUAUUUCAAGAUAAAGAUGGAAGGAAAAGUCACAAGAGAGAAGAGGAUUUUAAAGUAACGUACCAAAAUGCUAUCAUGGCUUCCAGUCAGAAACUUCUGGUUCACCAAAGGCAAUGAGUGUGGAAGGUGACACAAUUUGGCUAUUUAACUCAACCCUCUUGUUCUCUCUCUCUCUCUCUCUCUCUCUCUCUCUCUCUCUUUCCUCUCUCCUUCUCCUCUUCCCCUCCCAGGUAUUGCAGAUAUGCCCUAAGGACAUGAGGGCAGAUAUCUGCGUCCACCUGAACAGGAAAGUCUUCAAAGAACACCCUGCGUUCAGGUUGGCCAGUGACGGCUGCCUGCGUGCCCUGGCCAUGGAGUUCCAGACUAUCCACUGUGCCCCUGGUGACCUCAUCUACCAUGCCGGAGAGAGCGUGGACAGCCUCUGUUUCGUGGUGUCAGGAUCCCUGGAGGUCAUCCAAGACGACGAGGUGGUGGCCAUCUUAGGUGAGUACUUGUUCAUUGUACAGUAUGAUGAAGUAGGCUUACAUGGUAGCCAUUUUGGUUGAGUUGGCUGUCAAUUGUACAGUAUGUGGUGGUGGCCAUUUUGGGCGAGUUGCUGUUGAGCCGGUGCACAUUGGUCCCGUGGUGGUCAUUUUUGCUUGGAUUUCACUGUGGUGGAUUUCUCUAGUUGGCUUUAGCUCAAGACAGGACUGCUCGCUAUUAAAAUGUGAAUAUCUUUUUUAUGUGGUUAUUUGAUAACUCGCUUGCAAAUCUUUUGACAAGUGAAUGAAAACCUCUACUCAAAUUGUAAGCAUGGGAAAAAGUGAUAUAUUGAGCAGAAAUAGCCUCAAUAUUAGUUCUGAGAGACUAAUCAGUGCCUCCAUUGACACCACCCCUCCCAUCUCAAAGCAAAUAGGUCAAUGUAGAUUAGAAAAUUGCUAACUUGGCGAUAAUAAAACACUGGACUUACCUACCAAAAUGUUUGUAUUUGACAUUACUGUAACGUUGAUUUGAGCCAAGUGGAAAAUGGAGCCCCAGGACUUUUCUCAUCAGAGAUAAGGUCUUGACGGGAGGUCACUAUGGGACAGAGACUAGGGAUUCCUCUGAGAAUAUCAUCAGUGUGUACAUAUCUACCUCAAUUACCACGUAACCCUGCACAUCGACUCGGUACUGGUACCCCGUGUAUAUAGCCAAGUUAUCGUUCCUCAUUGUAUAUUUGUUCCUUAUUUUUCUAUUAUUUCUCUUUUUUUUUCUCUGCAUUGUUAGGAAGGGCCCGUAAGUAAGCAUGUCACUGUUAGUCUACACCUGUUGUUUACGAAGCAUGUGACAAAUAACAUUUGAUUUGAUUUGAUCCCAACAACAGUCCCUGUUGAGACAUUAACAAGGUGUUAAUGUGGGAUUGGAGGGUGAAGGCUACAAAGCUAAAUGUUGAGUGUCUGUAGAUCACGCCUUGUUACUGUAUAUCUGAGUAAUGCAUUCUUUGUCCUUUCUCGCAUCAUGGUUUUGGUUGGUCUCCACGGUGUGUGUGUGUAUCUGUGUGUUGGUGUGUAUGCAGACUGUUGUAGAGUGCAUUCGGAAAGUAUUCAGACCCCUUAACUUUUUCCACAUUUUGUCCUUGAGAUGUUUCUACAACUUGAUUGGAGUCCACCUGUGGUAAAUUCAAUUGAUUGGACAUUAUUUGGAAAGGCACACACCUGUCUAUAUAAGGUCCCACGGUUGACAGUGCAUGUCAGAGCAAAAAGCAAGCCAUGAGGUCGAAGGAAUUGUCUGUAGACCUCCGAGACAGGAUUGUGUCUAGUCACAGAUCUGUGGAAGGGUACCAAAACAUUUCUGCAGCAUUGAAGGUCCCCAAGAACACAGUGGCCUCCAUCAUUCUUAAAUGGAAGAAGUUUAGAACCACCAAGACUCUUCCUAGAGCUGGCCGCCCAGCCAAACUGAGCAAUCGAGGGAGAAGGGCCUUGGUCAGGGAGGUGAACAAGAACCCGAUGGUCACUCUGACAGAGCUCCAGUUUCUCUGUGGAGAUGGAAGAAUCUUCCAGAAGGACAACCAUCUCUGCAGCACUCCACCAAUCAGACCUUUAUGGUAGAGUGGCCAGACGGAAACCACUCUUCAGUAAAAUGCACAUAAUAGCCCACUUGGAGUUUGCCAAAAGGCACCUACAGACUCUCAGACCAUGAGAAACAAGGUUCUCUGGUUUGAUGAAACCAAGAUUGAACUCUUUGGCCUGAAUGCCAAGCAUCACGUCUGGAGGAAACCUGGCACCAUCCCUACGGUGAAGCAUGGUGGUGGCAGCAUCAUGCUGUGGGGAUGUUUUUCAGCGGCAGGGACUGAGAGACUAGUCAGGGUCGAGGGAAAGAUGAACGGAGCAAAGUACAGAGAGAUCCUUGAUGAAAACCUGCUCCAGAGCGCUCAGGACCUCAGACUGUUGCAAAGGUUCACCUUCCAACAGGACAACAACCCUAAGCACACAGCCAAGACAACGCAGGAGUGGCUUCAGGACAAGUCUUUGAAUGUCCUUGAGUGGCCCAGCCAGAGACCGGACUUGAACCCGAUCUAACAUCUCUGGAGAGACCUGAAAAUAGCUGUGCAGUGACGCUCCCCAUCCAACCUGACAGAGCAUGAGAGGAUCUGCAGAGAAGAAUGGGAGAAACUCCCCAAAUACAGGUGUGCCAAGCUUGUAGCAUCAUAACCAAGAAGACUCUAGGCUGUAAUCGCUGCCAAAGGUGCUUCAACAAAGUACUGAGUAAAGAGUCUGAAUACUUAUGUAAAUUUGAUAUUUCUGUUUUUUAAAAUGUCUAAAAACCAGUUUUUGCUUUGUCAUUAUGGGGUAUUAUGUGUAGAUUAAUGGGGUGGAAAAAACAAUGUAAUCAAUUUUAGAAUAAGGCUGUAACGUAACAAAAUGUGGAAAAAGUUAAGUGGUCUGAAUACUUUCCGAAUGCACUGUAUGUAUCCAACCCUGUUUACAUGACCACGAAAUAUCAGAGAAUGAUUCAUUCAAAUCGUUACUGCUACAUUGCUACAUAUACAAACAUUGACGGUGCUAGGCAAACAGCAAACAUUGCUGGGAAAACAUACACACAACAUAAAAAAGUGAACAGUAAAAAUGCAACACAUCAAAACAUCAAUACACACAAGAUGGAUGGUCUUCCCUGGGCCUGCUGGGUAAAAUAGCUGUGGUUGUGUUCUCUCGCGUUGCUGACCUGCAAUUGGUGGGUUGGCUCAUUGGGAGGCUUGAUAUCAUGUUAUGUUGUUAUACUUGUCCUUGUCCUGGCUAGUUCAUGGCAAUGGAACCCUGGGUGAUGAACUAGCUACCGCUGUAAAUCACAUUCUCACUAAUCUAAUGGUAGCUGCUAUAGCCUACAGUAUCAUUGCUGCACCUGCACCGUGAUCGUUCUACUAGAAUUAACUCUGUUUACCUCUUUAUCUCUCUUGGUUUGUCAGAAACUGUAGGACAUUACAUCUUUUGUUUCUAAGAUUCAACCAAAUCUAAAGAACAGCAUUCUAACUGUAGCUGUUUUGCUGUGCCUGUUUUGCCUCUCUGUCACUGCCUUGGUUUGUUUCAGGCUGUAAGACAUGA